AUGGUAGCGCAGCCGCCGCGGCGUGGUAGAAGGAGCAUGGGGAGCCCCCGGGAGACCGCCAGGGAGCCGGCCAGUCCCUCUGCUCCGGCCCCGGCUCCGGCCUCCAUUCAGGCUCGCUCUCCGGGCUCGGCCCUGGUGGGCCAGCGCGAAUCUGAUCUUCAGGAACAGUAUUCUAAUCUGUGUAUGGAAAAAUCCCAGAAAAUUAAUCCUUUUAUAUUGCAUAUACUCCAAGAACUGGAUGAAGAAAUUAAAAAGGGACUAGAAGGAGGAAUCACAUUAAACAUUGCUGGUAACAAUCGCUUAGUGUCAGUAGAAAGAGUUACAAGUGAAGAUUUUUGGAUUCUUUCCAGAAUUUUAAAGAAUUGUCUGUAUAUUAAUGGUUUGGAUGUUGGAUAUAACCUUAUAAGUGAUGUUGGUGCAUACUACGCUGCGAAACUGCUUCAGAAACAACUUUAUCUCACUUACUUAAACCUCAUGUUUAAUGAUAUUGGGCCUGAAGGUGGAGAAUUGAUUGCUAAAGCACUACAUAAGAAUCAGACUCUGAAAUACCUAAGAAUGACUGGAAACAAAAUUGAAAAUACAGGUGGAAUGUUUUUUGCUGCAAUGCUGCAAAUUAAUUCAUCCUUAGAGAAAUUAGAUCUGGGUGACUGUGAUCUUGGGAUGCAAAGUGUGAUAGCAAUUGCUACAGUACUAACUCGAAACCAAGCAAUUAAGGCAAUAAACCUAAACCGACCUAUCCUGUAUGGUGAACAGGAAGAGUCCACAGUCCAUGUAGGCCGCAUGUUAAAAGAAAAUCACUGUCUUCUUGCACUACACAUGUGUAAGCAUGACAUGAAAAACAGUGGCAUACAACAGUUAUGUGAUGCACUGUAUCUGAACAGUAGUCUGCGCUACCUUGAUGUCAGCUGCAAUAAAAUAACUCAUGAUGGAAUGGUGUAUGUGGCUGAUGUACUGAAAAGCAACACUACCCUGGAAGUAAUAGAUCUUUCCUUUAACAGAAUAGAAAAUGCAGGUGCCAACUAUCUCAGUGAAGCUCUUACUUCACACAACAGGAGUCUUAAAGCGUUGUCAGUAGUCAGCAACAACAUAGAGGGAGAAGGACUUGUUGCACUUUCACAAUCAAUGAAAACAAAUCUCACAUUCUCUCAUAUCUACAUUUGGGGAAACAAAUUUGAUGAGGCUACAUGUGUAGCAUAUUCACAUUUAAUUCAAAUGGGUCAUCUAAAACCAGACAAUACAGAUGUGGAGCCAUUUGUGGUAGAUGGACGCGUAUAUCUUGCAGAAGUCUCCAAUGGCCUUAAGAAGCAUUAUUAUUGGACAUCAACUUAUGGAGAAUCUUAUGACCCCUCAUCUAAUGCAGGUUUUGCUCUUGUUCCAGUAGGUCAACAGCCAUGAUAAAGAAGCUCUAAAAUAAUUUUCAUACAUUUGUCUUAUUACUUUCACAGAGAUUAAUAUUCUAUAGCCUAUUUGUUUUCUUUCAUAAAUUAAAACAAGUUACUUUUCUCAAAUGUGUAAAAGAUAGUGGCUGUAUUAAAUUUCGUACAGCUGUCCACUAUGAAAAA